AUGCGGAAGCAACUAAGUGUUGGUUUCUUAUCAGUGGUUGAGUAUCCUGAGUGGCUAGCUAAUAUCGUCCCUAUUCCCAAAAAGGACGGCAAGGUUAGGGUUUGUGUUGACUUUCGAGAUCUGAAUAAGGCUAGCCCUAAGGAUGAUUUUCCCCUCCCACACAUUGAUAUGUUGGUUGAUAGCACUGCAGGGCAUCCGAUGUUGUUCUUCAUGGAUGGCUUUUCUGGGUAUAAUCAGAUUCUGAUGGCUCCAAAGGAUAUGGAAAAGAUUUCUUUCAUUACUGAGUGGGAUGUCGAGGUAUAUGUGGAUGACAUGAUAGUGAAGUCCCGAGACAGGACAUAUCACUUAGUAGCCUUACAAAGGUUUUUUGAGAGGAUCAGACAGUUCAGGCUAAGAUUGAAUCCCAAGAAGUGCACCUUUGGGGUGACUUCUGGAAAAUUGCUGGGACACAUUGUUAGUGAGAGAGGUAUAGAGGUUGAUCCAGAGAAAAUCAGAGCCAUACUUGACAUGCUUGCCCCGAGGACUGAGAAAGAGAUCAGGGGAUUCCUAGGCAGAUUGCAAUACAUCAGUCAUUUCAUUGCUAGACUGACAGACAUUUGUGAGCCUAUCUUCCGCCUUCUGAGGAAGAAUCAGCCUACAGUUUGGAAUGAUGAUUGUCAGCGCGCUUUUGAGAGGAUUAAGGAGUGUCUCAUUUCUCCUCCGAUUUUAGUGCCUCCCACCCCGGGGCGUCCUUUGCUUCUGUACUUAUCAGUUUCAGACAUGGCCUUAGGAUGCAUGUUAGCUCAACUUGAUGAUUUGGGGAAGGAGCGUGCCAUCUAUUAUUUGAGUAAGAGGAUGCUUGAGUAUGAGUGCACGUACAUUAUGAUUGAGCGCCUUUGCUUGGCAUUGGUUUGGGCCACUAGGAGACUUAGACAUUACAUGACAGAGUAUUCUGUGCUCUUGGUCUCACGAUUGGACCCGUUGAGGUAUCUAUUUGACAGGCCUGUUAUGACCGGUAGGCUCAUGAGAUGGCUGGUAUUGUUGACAGAUUUUGAUAUUCAUUAUGUCACACAGAAGUCAGUAAAAGGAAGCAUUGUUGCAGAUCAUCUAGCUUCUUUGCCAAUAUCCGAUGACAGAUCGGUUGAUGAUGAUUUCCCUGAUGAGCAGAUUGGUGAUCAUAUCCCCAGAUCAGUCCGGUUAGCAUUUUCUGAUCAUCACCGAUUGACGAAUAAUAUUGUAGAGUAUGAGGCUUGCAUUACAGGUUUGGAGACUGCACUUGAUCUUGGCAUUAGACAGUUGGAGAUCCACGGGGAUUCCAACUUGGUUAUAAAGCAGACUCAGGGUAUCUGGAGGACACGGGAUGAGAAGCUGAAACCCUACCAUGCUUACUUGGACCUAUUAAUUGAUAGAUUCGAUGUGUUAAGGUAUAUACAUCUGCCCAGGGCGGAGAAUCAGUUUGCCGAUGCAUUAGCCACCUUGGCUUCUCUGAUUGUGAUCCCUGCGGGGGUGAAUGUUAGGCCAUUGCUGAUUGAGACUAGGUCUGCACCAACUUACUAUUGUCUGAUUGGAGAGAUAGAGGAUCAGAUUGAGCUGCCAUGGUAUCACGAUAUUUAUCAGUUUCUGUCAUGCGGCGCUUACCUAGAGUCAGCCUCGGCCAAGGAUAGGAGAGCAUUGAGACAGUUGGCCACCAGAUUUGUUGUUUGCGGGGAUGCGCUGAAUAGGAGAUCACCUGAUGGCUUGUUAUUAUUAUGUCUAGACCGUGCAUUUGCAGAUCAAGUGAUGAGAGAGGUUCAUGUAGGGGUCUAUGGCCCACACAUGGGAGGUCAUAUGCUAGCACUAUGGGGUAUUGAUAUUAUUGGGAAGAUCUCGCCCAAGUCUUCUAGCAGGCAUGAGUACAUUUUGGUUGCCAUUGACUAUUUCACCAAGUGGGUGGCAGCUGCUUCUUAUGCUAGGUUGACAACGGCCAGAGUGACCAAGUUCAUCAGAUCGCAUAUUAUCUGCCGAUACGGGGUCCCUCAUGAGCUGAUCUCAGACAGAGGGGUGCAUUUUAAGGGCGAGGUGGACACGUUGAUUCAAGAGUAUGGCAUUCAGCAUCACAGAUCGUCUGUGUACAGGCCGCAGACUAACGGGGCAGUUGAGGCAACAAAUAAGAAUAUCAAGAGGAUUUUGAGAAAGAUGGUCGAGACUUCUCAGGAUUGGUCAGAAAAGCUCCUUUUCGCAUUGUGGGCUUAUCAUACAUCUUUUCGUACCUCUACUGGAGCUACCCCAUAUUCUUUGGUGUAUGGUAUGGAAGCAGUGUUACCUGUUGAGAUUGAGAUGGGAUCUUUGAGAGUAGCACUAGAGCAGCAUAUAUCCGAGGCCGAGUGGGCCCAGUCUCGUUAUGAUCAGCUUAGCCUGUUGGAUGAGAAGAGAUUGACGGCGGCAGAUCAUGUUCAGGCCUAUCAGAGGAAGAUGACCCGUGCAUUCAGAAAGAGGGUCAGGCCUAGGAAAUUCCAGAGAGGUGACCUAGUCUUGAAAGUCUCCAUUGCUUCGGGGGAUAUCAAGGGUCACAUAUUGUCUUUCCAUUCAGUUUACUUGCCUCAGGCCCGUGAUCAGAGACAGAUGAUACAUACAGUUGGGACCAUUGAGGGCACCUUUACUCGAUGUUUUGACAUGUUCAUACUGGGGCAUGCCACCAUCCUUGCAUACUGGUUGUGGUUUUUGUACAUGUACGCAAGCAUUCCGUUUCACCUAGCGAUGUUAUGGGCAUCAGAGUUUGAGUAA